UGGUGAGAGUGGUACCGGUGCAGUCCCAAGUUGCCGUAGAGUAACACACCAGUACACCACGAAACGCGCAGAUAAACCCAAGAACGAUUAGGACACACGAAACCAUGGCGACGCAAGCGACGGCGAGAGAAAUUGCGGUGGUGGGAGUGAUCGGCGCGGGGCAGAUGGGCUCGGGCAUCGCCCAGCUCGCCGCCGCCGCCGGCUGCGGCGUCCUCCUCCUCGACUCCGACACCGCCGCCCUCUCCCGCGCCGUCGACUCCAUCUCCUCCUCCCUCCGCCGCCUCGUCGCCAAGGGCCAGCUUUCUCAGGCCUCCUGUGAGCAUUCCAUCGAGCAGAUUAAGUGCGUCUCCAGUGUGCAAGAGCUUAGGGAUGCGGAUCUUGUGAUUGAGGCUAUCGUGGAGUCAGAAGACAUAAAAAAGAAGCUGUUUGUUGAGCUGGAUAAGAUCACUAAACCUUCUGCUAUUCUUGCCUCCAAUACUAGCUCAAUCUCUAUAACCCGAUUGGCUUCAGCCACUAAUCGCCCCUGUCAGGUGAUUGGUAUGCACUUUUUUAACCCUCCUCCGAUAAUGAAAUUGAUUGAAAUCAUACGUGGGGCUGAUACAUCAGAAGAGGUUUUCACUAAAGUCAAAUCUUUUUCUGAAAGGCUUGGGAAGACGGUAAUAUGCUCACAAGACUACCCUGGUUUCAUCGUGAACCGCAUCCUCAUGCCAAUGAUCAACGAGGCGUUCUGGGCACUUUACACUGGAGUAGCGACUAAAGAGGACAUUGAUACGGGGAUGAAGCUAGGCACGAAUCAUCCCAUGGGACCUCUGCAGCUUGCUGAUUUCAUUGGUUUAGAUGUCUGCCUUUCAGUGCUUCGGGUACUUCAUAAUGGCCUAGGAGAUAGCAAAUACAGCCCUUGCCCUCUUCUCGUUCAAUAUGUUGAUGCUGGCCGACUUGGGAAGAAGCGUGGACAAGGCGUAUACUCGUAUAGGACAAGGUCUUCAUCCAUUAAACCGAGGUCAUCUCUGUGAAAAUCGAUGUGCCUGCUGAGCAGAGAAAAGAAUGCUCUUUAUGGACUUUGUGUAUCAAUGUGAAAAAAUAAGAAAUGUGCAGUUUACAGGUCCAACAUAAACACCUACAAGUUACGCCUUUGCAAGUUGCAACAACAGGAUACUGCAGGCCAUGUUUGGGCUAUGUAAACAAAGUACUCGGGAAAAAUGGCGGCCGUGUGAUGUAAGCUAAUAUGAAAUGUAUAGAUACUGAGCAGAUCAUGCCUUAGGACUUCUGUAAUCUCCUAUGCAGAACUUCUCGCACGGUUUGCAUUUUCAGUCAGCACAUA